CAGAUCUUAGGAAAUCGAAUGAAGCUAUUAUCUAUAAGGAGGUUAUUGUUUUACUCAUCUUCGAUCUAGAUUGCGUAAUGAAUAUAAUAUUUAUUUUCUGAGAAAGUUUUUCUUUACUCAUAUGACUUCUUAAUUAAGCAGCCAAUGUUUCACAGCGGAGCACUACAUGGAAUGGAUGUAGAGGGGCAAGGGGUAUUUUGUAUCCUCUGCGGGUAAACAGAAACUUGAAUAUCACAGUGUGAUUUUUGUAUGGGAUAUUGUUAUGACAAAAGAGAAACGAAAAUAUCCCAGAUUGCUUUUGAAGCCAGGGCUGCAUCAGUGAAAAUCAGUUAACCGCUGGGCUAAUGAAUACAGAAGAGAGAAGCGCGAACUGCGAUGCAGACGUCUUUUGACAAUACUGUGUCGGUAAUGGAUUGCCAGUGUACUCAAUCAAGAGACCAAGGGAUAAUUUCUCCGCAUAGAAAAUAGGCUUUUCCAGAGAUUUUAUCAUUAUCAGGGUCACCAUGAAUGGAUAUACGACUGUGUCUGCUUAUAAAGAUGCUACGAAGACAAUAAACAUUGAUAAACAGGAACCCAAAAUAGGACUUCACAAGAAUGACUGCAAUUUGGAUAUUCCCGAGUCCGACAGUGGGGAUGAUUCAGAGAAUACUUAUAGGCAUUACAGUGACAAUGUGGACACUGACGUCAGUAAUACUCAGGACGAGGGGGACCCUCCGUCCCCUCCCGUGUCCCGCGCAGCAGACAGGUGCUUGUUGAACAAUCUGAAUAUUGUAAGUAGCGUAAUCAGCAGUGACUCGGACAGUUGUACAGAGGGGGAGUUUAUCUUGGACCGUGGCGGGCAGACGACAGAUGAAACCAGCACGUCGUCUGAGUCUGACGAAACACAGAUAUGGGUUGGAAACAGAACUCGGACCAGUGGAAGCGUUUCCACACCACCACUACCAAGUCUGACCAGCUCCAAUGCCAGUGACAGUCGCGUGCAGAGCCCUAGCAACAGGAACAACACCAUACCAAGGUACUCCUCUCGUGAAGUUUCCUCAUCCGGAAACGCAUCAGUUGUGACGUCACAAGGUACCGGCGAUGAAGCUAACCUGGGCCGAGACCGAAGCCACUCUUGGCAUGAACUUCCCAGUGAUGUAGAAUGCCAGAUUCAGAGACGGUCAUCCAGAAAUAUUAGUCUUCUGCGUCAUAAUCCAAGGACUGGAAAUACCGAGACUAUUGUCAUCGAAACUCACCCAAAUGGAGAUUCAGGACUUGGUCACGAUGUCCAUUCCAAUUCCGAAGAUCUCUUCUACCCGGACUCACCAUCGAAUGCGUCGUGGUCAAUUUUGAAAAAGAACAAUGGUCGAUAUAAUGAUGUUAACAUCCCCGUUGAUUCCACUCUCAUGGACAGUAUGUUCACCAGCAUCAGCGGAUUAUACGCAAUGGCAGUUGUUGUGUUGGGUUGUGUUAUUCCAAUAUCAGAGAUCUUCUCAAAAGAGACUCUCGACUUCUCCUUCCUGUUUGAUGGAUUUUACAUCUAUAUCUAUACAGUCAGUGUCAUUUUCUUAAUAUAUGCCUACGUCUACCUCCUCCGAAAUAAAUCCAUCAAACUUCGACGAAAUCUGCGUAGGGGCCAAUAUUCCACGUCUGCUUCUAGUUCACGUAGCAAUUUGAAGAGGAAGUAUUCCUUUGACGAUUCUCGGACUUACCACACCGGAAGUUUCUACCUGAGACUGGGUGCUGUAGGUUUUGGUAUCGGCAGUAUGAUACAGAGUGGCCUACAUUUUGGGGAACUCUUUGACACGAACACCGACCCGCCUUCCCAUCCCUGUAAAAGCAUCGCCCAGGGAGCUAGACCCAUUAUACAUCUCAUAUUUACAUUUAUACAGCUGUAUUUUGUCUUCUUGAAUUCUAAGAUGUGCAUACAUCGAUAUAAAACUGUGGCAAGGUUUGGAUUGAUGCACAUGUUGGCUACGAACCUUUGUGUCUGGGCCCAGAAUAUCGUCCAGGAGACCCUGCGUGAAAUCAGGCAUCUGUCCGAAACUAAAACAGACAUCAACUCCACAACAGAUCACGAAAAAGGUUCGUUUUUCAUAAGAAAUCUCACACGACAUCACCUGGGUUGUCACAUGAAUUCUUUGAUGACGGAUGUUGUGGAAACUUCUAGUUCUUACUUGUACCCUUGUACAAUAGAAUACAGUUUAAUAUGUGCAGGAAUUUUGUAUGUUAUGUGGAGGAACAUCGGGAAACGUGGGCAGGUGUCGGAAGAAGUGACGAGUGACGAGGACAGCAAAGCCAAGUCUCACCGGAUGACGGUAGACUGUUCCAGGUCGAGUCGCGGCCUCUUUUUGGGAAUCUUCGUUCUUGUAGGAACUGUGAUUACCAUGAUAACGUUCUUUGUUCUCAUUAGGUCCAACAAUUAUUUCAACACGGCAGUCAAAUUGGAGCAUUUAUCUGCUGUGGUUAUUUACGUUGUGACGUCAGUUGCCGUCGUUUUGGCGUUCCACAGAAUGCAGACGUUGCGUGUAUAUUCUGAGCGAGAAUUAGACCUGGAGGAGUCCCUCCUCCUGUUGGGUUUGGGGGGCCUCUAUAUGUAUACAUUUUUAAGUAUUAUCUCAGUCACUUUGAAGAAAGGACCAACGGAUUAUUUAGUCAUUUUGUCCAGUGUUUUCCGAGUAUUUCAAGCCUCUCUGCAAACUGUCUUCCUUUUAAGCGGAAUGCGUAAGUCGUCAUGGCGACGUGAGCAGGAGAGACAAAAACCUGGACGAGAGUAUGUCACAUUUCUUUUGGUCAGCAACAUCGCGAUGUGGGGCCUCAAUACGUUUGAAAUUCAGCGAUCUCAUGCAAACCCUGUGCAGCUUCACUUUUAUGGACCUCUGGCCUGGGCGAGUUUUAACCACCUCUCGGUUCCUCUAACAAUUUUCUUUCGAUUUCACUCUACGGUGUGUUUGUCAAAUAUUUGGAAAAGCGCAUGGAAAAGACGGAUGCCUGCAGUCUAAGUGUUUUAAAGAAAUCCUACCCAUAUGCAUUCUAUUUCUAUUUUUACUUGCAUGUAUUUUUAUUUUUCCACAACCUUUAAGAUUUCUUGCUUUUGAAAACCACGAAAUAUGAACAUAUACUUAUUCACAUGCCUUUUCUACAAUGUGCAAAAGUGUAUCCACUAUUAUUUUUUUGAAUAAAAGAUUUGGUUAUCGUGAGUAGUGGCAAUAAAUGAUAUUUUUUUUUAUGGAUUUCUUAACUAUUUUGAUGUUGCCGUGUGUUCUGUAUGUUGUACAGAAAAUUUUGUGUCAUUUGAUCUUCUCUAUUAAAGUUAUUUUUUACUUUGAAGUUAAUGUAAAGAUGUGCAUGUAAAUUACAGAAUAAAACGUUUUAAUUUUC